UUGGGUCUGGGGGUCUGGGAGAGGAGUAGGGCAGGGCGCUGGCCAGCUGGUUGAGUAGGGUCUCACAAACAUUGAGAAACAGAGACAGAAAUUGUAUUGCUUCGGUUGGACUACUGGAGAGGAGGUACAACUGAAAUGUUUUGUUUAUAACUGUGGAUUUUUCCGGUGGACUAAAACUCUGCUCCACCUGUUUUGUGGAAGCUUUUCCAAGUUUUGGGAAUCUAACCUGGACCGUUCAGAAAAGUUUGGACGUCGCUGUGGAGUCUUUGUUGGGUUUUGAACACGUCUGCCAUUGAGACAACAACUUCAACUCAGCCCAGGGUGCAUGGGAGCAUAACUAACCUUGUCCUGGAUUUGAGCGCAGACGACUGUGUGUGAGGACGCACAGACACAUACAUGACCUCUACACUCUGCAGUGUGUUUCUUGUUACCCGAAGUCAUGUCUCAGCCUCCUUCGUCCCCGGCCACUCCAGCGUUUGUACGGAUCAGUGACCGGGACCUGACUGAGAUCGAGCUACAUUCCGUAGAGUCUAUAAAUGACCUGCACCGCACACACCCAGAACAAUACCACAACCACAAAGGCAUCAGGAGGCCUCCUCCCCUUCAGAUCCCCUCCGCCAAUGGGAUCGUCUGCCUGCCGAACUCACCGUCCGCUAAUCCAAAGCGAGGGUGGGGGAGGCUAGUGGACAUGUUGAUGCCCAGCUCCUUCCGCUCUGGGCUGGCUUGUGCCGUCGUGCUCUUCCUGCUGCUCACACUCGUCCUCAUCUUCUACUUCCUGGUCCAGCAGGGCACCGCUCUCCGGAUGCUGACUGAGGCUGUGCGAGAGAGGCAGGACGUUGCUAUGGAGAUCUCCCAGCUCAUCCAGGAACUGCAGGCCCUGAGACAUAACCUGACCUCCAUGACGACCAUGAGGCCAUGAAGAUCACCGAGGGGCAAAACAAACCGAACCCCCUGAUUCCACCAAAGAAAUCCCCCAGCUCACUGCUUUGGCCCUCCAGCUUGAUGAGGCCCUGCACAAGAGGACAGGCUGUCCAUAGAUAUACAACAAACAGCCACUAUCUCUAGCCUGGGUGGAAUGUGUUACAAAGACAAGCAGCGAGGAGACAGGAUUAGAUCUCAGUGGGCUUGCAGUGUGGUGCUUUACACUUUACUGAACUUGAAUGCAUCUCUCAGUAGUAACUUUCUUGAUCACAGAAUACGAUUCAUAGAAUUGUGAACGUUUCAGUUGGAAAAAAGCGUAUUUCUGUAGUGAAUAUGUCAACACACUUUGUUAUGUAAGCAUGUGAGGAAAAUACAGAUUUUCUGUUGAUGA